AUGUUCAAAGUUCUCGUACUUGUUUCCUGCAUUGCUGCUUUCGCCUUUGCUCAUCCGCCAUUCCCAACUGCCGAAGAGGCAAAAAAACAGCUUGUUGAUGCCGGAGUUAGCGAAACUGCAGCCGAUGAGAUCGUGAAGAUUGGUGAGAAGCACAAAGAGGAGUUUGCCAAAGGAAAGGAUGAUAAGGAAGCCGCACGCGCUGCCUUCGAAACAAUGAAGACAGAAGUUGACGAGUACCUCAAGACACAAUCGGAAGCUGAUCAACAGGCCUACGAAAAGUUCGUUGAGGCUAAGAAGCAAGAAUUCCACGACCAUCACAAACAAGAAUAA